UUUUUUUUUAUUAAAAAUAUAUAUUAAAAAGACAACUUGAAAUUGGCUUCAUAUAUACAAACAAAUGAGGCCAUGUAGUAUUGCAGAUUUAGGGGUGAAGAAAGGUGCAUGGACUGCCGAAGAAGAUAUACUUCUCAAAAAAUGUAUCGAAACAUACGGCGAAGGAAAAUGGCACCUUGUUCCUCUCAAAGCAGGUUUAAACCGAUGUAGGAAGAGCUGCAGGUUGCGAUGGUUGAAUUAUCUACGGCCAAAUAUAAAGAGAGGAGACUUUGGUGACGAUGAAGUUGAUCUCAUGCUUAGGCUUCACAAGCUUCUAGGAAACAAAUGGUCUCUGAUUGCCGGAAGAAUACCAGGAAGAACCGCUAAUGAUGUGAAGAACUAUUGGAACACGAAUAUCCGCUCUCGUUUCAAACAAGUGAAAGAGCCUAAGGAUGACGAAUCGUCUCAAAAGACAAGAGUCACAAUUAUUAAACCCCAAGCACGGACAUUCUCCAAACCUCAUGUUGCAGCUCCUGAUGGCAAGAACUUAAAUAGAUCAUCGUCGUAUGACAAAGAAAAUCCCACUAAUAAUGUCUCCACGGGAGUAAUAGAUAACACAAUCAAGGAGUAUUUGGAUGUGUUAUUUGAUGAUCGUGUGAGAGAUAGUGAUGGAAUUUUUGAGUGGUCAUCACUUGAUGCUUCUCCGGAAGGAGGGCAAAAUAGUUUGUAUAAUUUUCCCAUAGACGAUGUCAUGUGGGAAUUUAUAGAUUCAGAACAACUUAAUUAGCUUUCUAGUUCUCUUUACGUAGUACUAAUACAUAUAUUGAAUA